AUGACGACCAUUUUCAUGAACGGCCGUAUAUUCUCGCCUGCACAUUCGAAGCCGGGCGAGAAUGGUUUCGUCUCUUGCAUUGUGAUCGAAAAGGACCAAAUCAUCCAUGUUGGUCCUCUCGAGGCCAAUAUACCCACAGAUGCCAGCGUUAUCGAUCUCCAGGGCCGGAUCAUGAUGCCCGGCUUCAUUGACAGUCACGUCCAUAUCCUUCAGUACGGGCUAUCACUGCGAAAGGUCGACUUAAUCAGCUGUAGCUCCUUGGAACAGAUCAGAAAGGCCAUCAUGUCCUAUGCUGAAACUCAUCCCACCGUUCCUCGCAUCCUAUGCCGUGGCUGGAUCCAGUCAACGAUUGAUGGAGAACCAUUAGCUGGUUUGCUAGAUGACAUUGAUCCACGACCAAUAUAUAUCGAGGCGGCGGACCUUCACUCGAUUUGGUGCAAUUCUGCUGCUCUUGACGAUAUCCAGGCUCAUACCACCCCGGACCCUCCUGGUGGUACUAUACACCGAGCAGAAGAUGGCCGCGCCACAGGCCUACUGAGCGAAGGAGCCGUCAUGAAUUUUGCCUGGCCUUUCAUAGAUGGCGUUACGCCGAGAAAUGAAAAGCUCAGUGCUUUACGAACAGCUAUCGAAUCAUAUUCUGCUGCGGGGUAUACAGGUGCAGUUGACAUGGCCAUGUCCGAAGAUGCAUGGCAAACCCUAAAUCUCUACCGUCGACAACAUAAACUCCCGUUUCACAUAGCUGUCCACUGGCUCGUCCCAUUUUCAACCGACCAGAAAGUCAACUUUAAAUAUGUGGACCGGGCAAUCGAACUGAGCCACGAAUUCAAAGAUCCCGAUUUUUGCAUUGCAGGGAUAAAGCUCAUGUGUGAUGGUGUGGUCGAAGGAUGCACCGCAGCACUUCGCCAACCGUACGGAGGCAAACGAGAUCCAAUAGAGCCCAUCUGGCCUACAGACUUAAUGACGGAGGUCAUUAAGCGUGCAGAUGGCGCAGGUCUCCAAGUUGCGAUACACGCCAUUGGCGACCAAGCCGUUCACCAAUCCAUAGAGGUCCUCUCAACCCUGAAGAAACGGGAUCCAAAUCGAAAACGCAGACACAGAAUCGAACAUCUCGAACUCACAUCCCCCGAGGACGCCAAACGCCUCGGUGAAGAAGGUAUAAUCGCCUCUAUCCAACCUGUGCACUCCGACCCAGCACACUUCAAAGCCUGGCCGGGCCUCAUCGGUACACACCGCUGUAAGCGCGCAUUCGCAUACAAGGACUUUCUAAACGGCGGUGCGAAAAUCGCCCUUGGGACGGAUGCGCCGACGGCACCGCACCAUCCAUUCCAAAAUAUGUAUUAUGCUACGACGAGGCGGUCUGUUGUCGAGCGGGAUAAUCCCGAGACGCUUAAUCCGGAGUUCGGGCUGGAGUUGCUUGAGACCGUCGCGGGGAUGACCGAAGGCGCAGCGUACUCGAGGUUUGCUGAAUCUUGGACUGGGGCGCUGAAAGAAGGCCUCGGUUCGGAUUUCAUUGUCGUCGAUAUGGCUUGGACGCCCGAGAGAUUGCUCGAGGCGAAGGUUUGUCAGACUUGGUAUAGAGGGGAGAAGGUAUAUGAUGUUGAGGAUGCAUAG